GACACUGCAGCUGUAUGUCCGGACAUGUAGAUCUCAUAGCGGCUUGGCCUUUGUUAGCGAGUCGGUAAGAAGAACCAAGAAAGCCAGAGGAGCCGCAUUCAUGCACUUACAGGAAGGAAAAUGAUCAUCUGCACGAAAAACAUGGAUUAUCGCUUUGGAACCCAGUGCCAGUUUGUUCAAAAUCAGGUGAUGGUGAACUCUGAGAAAGACCGUGCCUCUCUCUUGUGUAUGAAGGCUCUGGCCAACAGGGGGCGCCUGGACUCGGUGUCUCAGCAGAUGGCCUCUCACCCACAGUAUCUGGAGAGCUUCCUGCGCACACAGCACUACAUCCUCUAUAUGGAUGGCCCGUUGCCCCUGCACUACCGCCACUACAUUGCCAUCAUGGCUGCGGCACGGCAUCACUGUAGGUACCUGGUGUCUCUGCACUCAGCUCAGUUUCUGCGUGUGGACGGAGACCCGUUAUGGCUUCAGGGGUUGGAGGCCGCACCCCCUCGUCUACGGCACCUCGAUCACAUCAACAAGGUCCUGGCCCAUCAGCCUUGGCUCACGGCACGCUCGCAUAUUCAGGCUCUGCUGAAGACGGGAGAGCAGUGCUGGUCUCUGGCUGAGCUUGUUCAGGCCGUGGUUCUGCUGGCCCACUGUCACUCCCUUUGCAGUUUUGUUUUCGGUUCUGGUUCGGACUCAGACUCCAUUCCCACUCCCAGAGUGCAUCACGGCACGCCCCCUGGCUACUGUCUCUGUGAUGCUGCCAAUGGCAACACGGCCUUAUUGCCACCUCCUGCUGGACCCACAGAGAAGGCGCCACGACGAAGGUCCUUAGACUCCAGCUGUGAAGUCGCUUACCUUCGAGAACAAAUUCAAAAAUCACAGGAGGAGAUUAAGGAAAGAAAAGCAGACCGACUCCAUUCGCAGACACUCUCACAUGCAGAUGUGGAGGAGGAGGACGAGGCGAUGUUCUCCGCAGACCCCUCCCGCUUCGUCACAGAUCCAGAAUUCGGCUACCAGGAAUUCGCCAGACGGGAGGAGGACCAUUUCCAAGUAUUCCGGGUGCAGGACUAUUCGUGGGAGGAUCACGGCUUCUCGUUGGUGAACAGGCUCUAUUCUGAUAUAGGGCACUUGUUAGACGAGCGAUUCCGCAAUGUGGCCUCCCUCCCUUUCCCACACAGCCCUGAUCUCAAACGCGCCAUCUGGAAUUACAUUCAUUGUAUAUAUGGAAUUAGAUACGAUGACUAUGACUAUGGCGAAGUCAACCGGUUACUGGAGCGUGGACUGAAACUUUAUAUUAAAGCUGUGGCCUGCUAUCCUGACUCCAGCAAGACCCCUCUAUGCCCAUUGUCCUGGGCCCAUAUCAAAGCUUCAGAGAAGGUUCAUGUAAAUUUGUUAGUGAUGGAGGCACGUCUGCAGGCCGAGCUGCUGUACGCUCUCAGAGCCAUCACUCAAUACAUGAUCGCGUAGGACACGAGCGUUCGUCGUCGCAGAGGGACAUGGUACAACAAAAGUCAAGGCAAAGAAAUACAAGCAGAGACUUAGUCUCUCCGUCUCUGUAUUUGUUGUCUCUGAGUUUACUGGUGUGACGCAAGGUACUGCUGUGAAACGUUUCUUUGCCAAAGGUGAAACUUUAAGAAAAAAAAAAGGUGCAAAGCAAUCGCUCUCACCCCUGCUGUCAUUUUGCAUGUGUUUCUCCUACUCCUCAAUUUUGUUUCUGUAUUUGUCCUCCUUUUUCUACCUUUUUUAGUAUCUUUAUCCCAAAUGGUUAAUGUGCAAUUAUUUUUAUUUACUUGUUGUUAUUAAUAUUCUCCCAUUUGUUUGGUUUGUUUGUUUGUUUUUUUGCUGUUUGCUAUUCAACUGAGUGGAAAGAGAGGAAAAAGUGUCCAACUGUCCAUUUCCCAAGGUAUCAAAAUCUGGAAAGGUCACAGCCAAUUAAAGUCACUGUUUACAGAAAGUGAGUGAAUGGACAAACACGGCUUCCAGAUAUUUAAUUUUUUGAAUGUGGAAUAGUGAGACCAGAGCAAAAUGUAACAAAAAUGGUAAGAGAAGGUUCAACGGCUGUAACUUUUUUUCUUUUUAAAUUAGCACUUUUAAGACAGUAUCUAUCUAUCUCAAUAAGCUUUCGGCUGUGGCUCAUCUACGUACUGUUUUCGCUCAUUUAGAUCGAUUAGCAUUGAUGUUUUUUUCCAAAAUCUUCCACACGCUCUCUUCUCUGCGUGGGUGCUACAAGCGAUUAAAAUGGGUACAUUUAUAGGAUCCAUAAUUAUAGUCCGAUUCAUCUCAGUAGGCAUCUAAACAGCUUUACAAUGUGAAGAUCUGAAUUUGAUGGGUUCAGAGCAGUUAAAGGAAUCGCUUUUUGCUAAACUACUUUUCUUUGUGGUAGUGUUCUCAGUGUUUCUUAGGGCGGACAGUCAGUUUUACCUGCUCUAUACGAACUGGCCAAAUUAACACAGUAUGUAUUUGAACUUUGGCUAAUUUGGAAAACAGUUACUGAAGUGAUUCUGAAAGGACCAGCAUUUAGCGUUUAGGUUAAUGUUGUGCUGGCGUCUCCAGUGAAGAUAUUUGCAUCAGCAACAAUUAGGACUUUUUUAAAAACUAUUUUACCAUGUAAAAGUCACCUUGUGUGUGAGAAGGAGCUCAGAAUAAGCUUAAAAUGUGAUUUUUAAUGUCGACACGCUGGUUUAGAUCAAAUGAAGGACUUUUGGCAGAUUUGUGGUCAGCCUGUCGCUAUCCUUCCGGUAACUGACCUGCACAAAAUUGCAAUUUUUUUUUUUUUUUUUUUGGUUUUGCACUGAACCUUUUGCACAAAACCCUACAAGUGUGGUUGCAGCUGGCAGCUGUCAUUGUUACAAACUGCUUGGAGGCAAAGCCCCUCUGAUGCCAUUAAUAUAUUUAAUGUCCAGUUUUGUUGACAAGGCCAAAAACUUGUACUGUGUUAAACUCUCAUCAGUUUUGGUACCUAAUUACAGUUGGCAGAAUGACUUGGGCAACACCUAUGGUUGAUUUGUGUGUUUAUUUUUAAACAUUGCAUUACUUCUGUUCCUGUUUAUGUGUCUUGUCAUUUUGAGGGUUGUUGAUGUCUGUUUUGCUCUUGUCUGAAAUGUUUGGAUUGAGAAACCAAGGUAUGUAAAUCAGCAGAAAUGUGUACAGGAGCCGCAGUCUGUGCCUUUUGACUACUGAUGAGUCACGGCUCAUCAGUAUGGCUAAACUGGACUCAGAGCUAAGCCUCCAUGCUACUGCAUUAAUUCAGGCUGAGAACGGAAGAUGUUCGUCACCCGACGGUAAUGAACGUCAGGAGACGUUUGGGUAGGACUGCAGCACGGCCAUUCUACCUUAAGCGGGACUGUCUUAAAUGCUUGUUCUCGAAUGGCGGUCUGCCACAUCCCUGAAACGUGGAGACUUCCAGACUGUUUUCACCAGCUCAGCUGGAAGACGUUAAGGACUGUGCCUCAGCGUGAGGGGACUGAACGAGCAUGGCUAUUGCCAAAAUGUUUAUUUACCACGUAAAUGUAGGAAUUAUAAAAAUUUAAACUGACCAAAAGAAAAAAAAAACAACAAAUCUUGAAAAAAACAAGCAAAAAAAGUUUUGAAAAUGUGAAAGCUUAUUUUUUCUAUAAAGAUAUGCAAUAUCA